UAUGCGGUUGCAAAGCCAAGCGAAUAUCUCGUGCUCACUGGAGCCGGGAUAGACGACAUUCGCAUUUGCAAGAAAGCUAUAGUACUUCCCUUCCAGCGAUGCGCGAGGAUCUCUGUGACGCCCUUUGAUUUGGCGCUCAAUCUUCAGGCCAUGACUAUGGAAAAGCUCCAAUUUUCAUUGCCGGCAGUUUUCACUAUCGGUGCCGACAAUGAACUGGAGGCACUCAAGGAUUACGCUCGGCUUCUUGCGGAGAACGCUGAUGACAAAACUAAUGUCCAAAAAAUCGUGAAAGGCAUUAUCGAAGGUGAAACUCGAGUCAUCGUUUCCAGCAUGUCCAUGGAGGAGGUGUUCAAGGAACGGCAGGUUUUCAAAAACAAAGUGAUUGAGAACGUACAGAAGGAACUUCAGCAAUUUGGCCUGCGAAUUUACAACGCCAAUGUCAAAGAGCUCCAGGACACUCCUGGUAGCGAAUACUUCAGCAUCCUAAGCCAAAAAGCGCACGAAGGAGCUCUUAAUCAAGCAAAGAUCGAUGUUGCUGAGGCACGGAUGAAAGGUGAGAUUGGAGAGGCAGAGAAGAAGGGUAAAAUGAAGCAGGAGAUCUCCAAAAUCGAUGCCGAUACUGCGGUAUUGGAGACGAAACGGAAGGCCGAAAAAGCCAAGGCAGAUUCCGAGCUCAUGAACCGUCAGACUGAGCUUGAUGCUAGUGUUCAAAUCAGCAAGAUUACAACCAAGCGCCAGACAGAGAUGAAAGAUGCAGAGCUACAAAAGCAAGUGGAGUCCAAGCGUGCCGAAACCGAACUGGAACGCCUUAGGGCCAGUGAGGUCACUAAAAGCAAGGUUAAGCGCGAGUCUGCACAGGAGAAUGCAGAUGCCGCUUACUACACAGAACAGAGAGCAGCUGAUGCGCGGUUGUAUAAACAAAAGAUGGAGGCAGACGCAGCCUAUUAUCGUCAAAGCAAAGAAGCCGAUGCUACCCUCUAUCAGCAAAAGCGCGAGGCUGAAGGAAUUCUCGAGAUGUCUAAGGCAUACGGUGCCCUUAUUGACGUCCUCGGAGGACCCCAAGCCUUCUUACAGUUCAGAAUGAUGGAGAGCGGUACAUAUGAGAAAUUAGCCAAGGCCAACGGCGAUGCUAUCAGAGGACUAUCACCCAAGAUCUCAGCGUGGAACACCGGAGAGGGCUCUGGAGAUGCAAUGGCCCCCGUCCGAAAUAUCAUGCAAGGCCUUCCGCCUCUUCUCACCACCAUCCACGAGCAGACUGGCAUCAGCCCGCCAUCCUGGUUGGGCCAGAUGCCUGCGAAUGGUGAAGUCAGUACACGAAAGUAG